GGCUUGGAAAAAAGAGACUCGGCGAGCCCUCGCUGUGGUGCCGCCGCCGCCGCCGCCGCCGCCGCCGGAGUUGACUCUUCUGCUCGCACUGCUGCUGCAGCACAAACGUGACUUCCAACAUUUUUUUUUUUUAAUUUAUCUUUCCCUUUUCUUUUCCAAGAUGUAACUACAGAUCAGACACUAAGGACCUUCACGUUUCGCUGAUGUAGUUUUUGGAGGAAAAAAGGGGGGGAGUGAAGGGCGUCGGUUUUUUUUUUUUUUUUUUUUUUGUGUGUGUGUGUGUGUGUGUUUUCGGGGGAAAUUUUCCAUUAUGAGUGUUUUACUAAAGUGAAUUUUUUUUGUUUUGUUUUUUGUUUGCUUCGUUCGUCUUUGGCUCCUUUUUUUUUUUUUUUUUUUUUUCUCCUCCUUCCCAAUUUCGGAUUUAUUUCAAGGCGAAUCGGGCUUUGGGGGAAGAGGAAGAAAAGUCGGAUUACAAGAUCCACCACCACCACCAACAACAAUAAAAAACCACCAGGAUAUUUUUUUUGCAAAUUUCUGACGGCUUUAAAUUCAUGAAGCAAUUGUCCCCUUUUGCAAUCAGCAUUUGGAUCUCAGAAUGAGCAAGGAAAGACCCAAGAGGAAUAUCAUUCAGAAGAAAUACGAUGACAGUGAUGGGAUUCCGUGGUCAGAAGAAAGGGUGGUACGUAAAGUCCUUUAUUUGUCUCUGAAAGAAUUCAAGAAUGCCCAGAAGAGGCAGCACGGGGAAGGCCUGCCUGGGAGCCUGAAAACCGUGAAUGGGCUCCUUGGUCAUGGCCAGUCUAAGGGAUUAGGACCAGCGUCAGAACAGUCAGAAAAUGAGAAGGACGAUGCCUCCCAAGUGUCCUCUACUAGCAACGAUGUUAGUUCAUCAGAUUUUGAAGAAGGGCCGUCGAGGAAAAGGCCCAGGCUGCAAGCACAAAGGAAGUUUGCCCAGUCUCAGCCCAACAGCCCCAGCACAACUCCAGUGAAGAUAGUGGAGCCUUUGCUGCCUCCUCCAGCUACUCAAAUUUCUGACCUCUCUAAAAGGAAGCCCAAGACAGAAGAUUUUCUGACUUUUCUCUGCCUUCGAGGUUCUCCUGCGCUGCCCAACAGCAUGGUAUAUUUCGGAAGCUCUCAGGACGAGGAGGACGUCGAGGAGGAAGACGAUGAGACGGAAGACGUCAAAACAGCCACCAACAAUGCUUCAUCUUCAUGCCAGUCAACCCCCAGGAAAGGAAAAACCCACAAGCACGUUCACAACGGGCAUGUUUUCAAUGGUUCCAGCAGGUCAUCACGGGAGAAAGAACCUGUUCAGAAACAUAAAAGCAAAGAGGCCACUCCGGGGAAGGAGAAGCACAGCGAUCACCGGGCUGACAGCCGGAGGGAACAGGCUUCAGCGGCCCACCCCCCAGCGGCCCCGUCCACGGGUUCCUCGGCCAAGGGGCUCGCUGCUAACCACCACCACCCCCCUCUGCAUCGGUCGGCUCAGGACUUACGGAAACAGGUUUCGAAGGUAAAUGGAGUCACUCGAAUGUCAUCUCUGGGUACAAGUGCAACCAGUGCCAAAAAGAUGCGCGAAGUCAGACCUUCACCGUCCAAAACUGUGAAGUACACUGCUACGGUGACUAAGGGGACUGUCACAUACACCAAAGCCAAGAGAGAACUGGUCAAGGAAACCAAACCCAAUCACCACAAGCCCAGUUCCGCUGUCAACCACACAAUCUCAGGGAAAACUGAAAGUAGCAAUGCAAAAACCCGCAAACAGGUGCUAUCCCUCGGGGGGGCGUCCAAGUCCACCGGGCACGCCGUCAAUGGCCUCAAGGUCAGUGGCAGGUUGAACCCAAAGUCAUGCACUAAGGAGGUGGGGGGGCGGCAGCUGAGGGAGGGGCUGCGGAACUCCAAGAGGAGACUGGAAGAGGCACAGCAGGCAGAGAAGCCGCAGUCCCCACCCAAGAAGAUGAAAGGGACGGCCGGCCCUGCCGAAGCGCCCGGCAGGAAGGCGGCAGUGGCCCCCCCGACGGCGCCCGCCCCGGUGGAGAAGGCCCUGCUCAACGGGCACGUGAAGAAGGACGUGCCCGAGCGGAGCCUAGAAAGGAACCGGCCGAAGCGGGCCACGGCCGGCAAGAGCGCGCUGGGCAGACAAGCACACGGCAAGGCGGACAGCGCCUCCUGUGAAAAUCGUUCUACCUCGCAAUCGGAGCCCUUGCACAAGCCCCACGAGGCGGCGGCGGCGGCAGCAGCGGCGGCGGCGGCGGCCAAGCCUGAGAAGGGGGGCGGCCGGGCCGGCUGGGCGGCCAUGGACGAGAUCCCCGUGCUCAGGCCGUCCGCCAAGGAGUUCCACGACCCGCUCGUCUACAUCGAGUCGGUCCGCGCUCAGGUGGAGAAGUACGGCAUGUGCAGGGUGAUCCCCCCUCCAGACUGGCGGCCCGAGUGCAAGCUCAACGACGAGAUGCGGUUUGUCACGCAGAUUCAGCACAUCCACAAGCUGGGCCGGCGCUGGGGCCCCAACGUGCAGCGGCUGGCCUGCAUCAAGAAGCACCUCAGAUCUCAGGGCAUCACCAUGGACGAGCUCCCGCUCAUAGGAGGCUGCGAGCUCGACCUGGCCUGCUUUUUCCGGCUGAUUAACGAGAUGGGCGGCAUGCAGCAAGUGACUGACCUCAAAAAAUGGAACAAACUAGCAGACAUGCUGCGCAUCCCCAAAACCGCCCAGGACCGGCUGGCCAAGCUCCAGGAAGCCUACUGCCAGUACCUGCUCUCCUACGACUCCCUGUCUCCCGAGGAGCACCGCCGGCUGGAGAAGGAGGUGCUGAUGGAGAAGGAGAUCCUGGAGAAGCGGAAGGGGCCCCUGGAGGGCCACACGGAGCACGACUACAACAAGUUCCACCCCCUGCCCCGCUUCGAGCCCAAGAAUGGCCUCAUCAACGGCGUGGCCCACAGGAACGGCUUCCGCACCAAGCUCAAAGAGGUGGGCCCGGCCCAGCUCAAGACGGGCCGGCGGCGACUCUUUGCUCAGGAAAAGGAAGUGGCGCGAGAGGAGGAGGAGGACAAAGGCGUCCUCAGUGACUUCCACAAGUGCAUAUACAAGGGAAGGUCUGUUUCUUUAACGACUUUUUAUCGAACAGCAAGAAAUAUCAUGAACAUGUGCUUUAGCAAGGAGCCUGCCCCAGCUGAAAUCGAGCAAGAGUACUGGAGGUUAGUGGAAGAGAAGGACUGCCACGUGGCCGUGCACUGCGGCAAGGUCGACACGAAUACGCACGGCAGCGGGUUCCCUGUGGGGAAGUCAGAACCGUUUUCAAGGCAUGGAUGGAACCUCACCGUCCUCCCCAAUAACACAGGAUCCAUCCUGCGUCACCUCGGUGCUGUACCUGGAGUGACAAUUCCCUGGCUAAACAUUGGCAUGGUCUUUUCUACCUCAUGCUGGUCUCGAGACCAAAACCACCUUCCCUAUAUUGACUACUUACACACUGGUGCUGACUGCAUUUGGUAUUGCAUUCCUGCUGAGGAGGAGAACAAGCUCGAAGACGUGGUGCACACGCUGCUGCAGGCCAACGGUACCCCAGGGCUGCAGAUGCUGGAGAGCAACGUCAUGAUCUCCCCGGAGGUGCUGUGCAAGGAGGGGAUCAAGGUGCACAGGACCGUGCAGCAGAGUGGCCAGUUUGUCGUCUGCUUCCCGGGCUCCUUUGUGUCCAAAGUGUGCUGCGGCUACAGCGUCUCCGAGACCGUGCACUUCGCCACCACCCAGUGGACAAGUAUGGGCUUCGAGACGGCCAAGGAAAUGAAGCGUCGCCAUAUAGCCAAGCCAUUCUCCAUGGAGAAGUUACUCUACCAGAUUGCACAAGCGGAAGCGAAGAAGGAGAAUGGCCCCACUCUCAGUACCAUCUCCGCCCUUCUGGAUGAGCUCAGGGAUACGGAGCUGCGGCAGCGGCGGCAGCUGUUCGAGGCCGGCCUCCACUCGUCCGCCCGCUACGGCAGCCACGACAGCAACGGCGCCAUGGCGGAUGGCAAGAAAAAGCCUCGAAAGUGGCUGCAGUUGGAGACGUCGGAGAGGAGGUGUCAGGUCUGCCAGCACCUGUGCUACCUGUCCAUGGUCGUGCAGGAGAACGAGAACGUGGUGUUCUGUCUGGAGUGCGCCCUGCGCCACGUGGAGAAGCAGAAGUCCUGCCGAGGCCUGAAGCUGAUGUACCGCUACGACGAGGAGCAGAUCAUCAGCCUGGUCAAUCAGAUCUGCGGCAAAGUAUCUGGUAAGAACGGCAGCAUCGAGAACUGUCUCAGUAAACCUACACCAAAAAGAGGGCCCCGCAAGAGAGCGACCGUGGACGUGCCGCCAUCCCGGCUUUCAUCCUCCAGUUCAUCCAAAAGUGCUUCGAGCUCGUCGUGAAGAUGCCAACACCCGUGUCGAUUGAUAUAUAUUUUUUUGUAAUUAUUAUAUUCUAGUUUGGAGUACUUGCUGUAGGAUACAAGCUGUCUUUGCACUAGCUCUAAAGAAGAUUUUCUUCUGGUUUUAGAGAACUAAUUUUGUUUUAGCAUUAAACUGUUGAACUUUUUUUUGUACUUAGAAUACCUAGAUACUGCAGUCAGAUUUUUGAAACUGCCGUAUAUUCACUGUUUUAAAAACCCUUGAGGGGCUGUAUUAAUUUGUAUCGCCCCUGUGGCUGAAAAAAAGCCUUUUCGGUUUUUUGUUUUGUUUUGUUUUUGUUUUUGUUUUGUUUUCUUUGGUAACUUGGGGGAAAAAAGGCUUUUUAACCCAUUUUUGAAGAGGGUGAAGUUUGGAGAACAAAUUUUAAAAACCAUCAAGUCAUGUGAGCAGAUUUUUCUAGAGAGGAAAAGGGAUAGGAGACACACACACACCACAAAACUUGAAAAGAAAUGGCUUUACUUUGGCUGUCUUUUCUUCUGUCAUGUGCAAAAUGAGUUUGUAAUUUUAAAAACCGGAGAACCCCCAUUCUGUGUCUUGGGGCGGUCACGGCAGCUGAAGGCAGAGCCGAGGCAAAACGCGGAAGAGGAGCGCCGAGGUUCUCUUUACCAGCACAUCACUAUGCAUCUGUUUUUGGAAAAGAGGAGAGCGGGAGAAGACGACUGCCUGCCUUGGAGGGGUCACGUGAGGGACACCUGUGCCUGAUUUCAUUAGGAAAUCCAUUCUGUUAUUUUUUGGUGCUGUUGGCUACUUUAUCAAAAACCCUUCAAUAGCAUCCUUAAGAGAAAAAAAAACAAAAAAGGAAAAAAAAAGUGAUCGAAGCCGUAAGUGCUUCUUCGUCAUAGAUGUGCAAUCUUUCUAACAUUCCGUCUCCAUCUCACCGCUUGUUUUACACCUUCACAAGUCAGCAUUAAUCUUUCUUUCUUUUAAAUUCGUUUCGUUGACGGUCACACUUAGAGCCACUAGGAGGUCUGCAGUUCUUUUUUGAAUGUGAAAAUGCAUUUGCGCUCAUCUUGUCUAUUUUUUCUCUCCAUGUUGUAACAAAAAGAAAAAAAAAGAAAAAAAAAGAAUCCCAUCCCUUUUGUACAUACGCCUGUAAAUUGUUUUAAAUACUUGAGCCUUUUUCUUGGUGGGGGGUGGGGAGGGCGCGAAGACAAGAUGAAGAAAAAGCCUUACGUUUCCGUUUCUUCAUCGGGUGGAUUGGAUGCUUACAGGGUUUUUCUUGUAACAUUUAUAAGUGCUGCUUACAUCACUGAACAACAACAACAAAAAUAAUAAUGGAGUAGCUGUUGCCCUUCUCCGGUUGUGUGUACAGUACGUGUGGAAUAAAAAAGGGAACUGUUUUCACAAGCUGUUCUUUGUUUCGUAAUUGGAUCCACCGAGCCCGUAGCUACCCCUGUUGCACUGAGCUUGCCAGUGGGACUGUCAGGAGCGUCCUGUGAUACACUUUGUUGGUUGUUGUUGCAGAAGACUGAACUGUUUUUGGAAUAUUUAACAAUUACAUAAACAGAGUCAAGUGUUUUCCAAUGUGGUUGUCCGGUUUUUAUGGCCUUGCUGUGUACUUUCCCUCUUUUUGACAGUAAACUUCUGCCUAUGGCUUACAGUUUGACAUUUAAUUUAUUAGCGCUGCUCUGCACUCCUCCCGCGGGAGGGAAGACUUCAUGUUGUUUAUUGCCAGUUUUUUGUUUACUUUUCAGGUUUGUACUACAAGGUUUAAUAAUAAAAUCAAAGUUUUUUGGCUA